CGGCAAAAUCCGCGAAGUGCCUCGUUCCAUUGGCGUCAUCUCGCGGUGCGGAAAUGCGUCUGUAAUUGACUGCGAAACGCUGUUAGAGGGAUAUUUUGGAGACCAAUGCCUCAAGGUGCUGGAUUGGAUACAGAACCAUCAAGCUUAUUACCCCCCUUCAACGAGAGCACUAUAUAUAGCAUUGAUGGGAUAUUUAUUAGGAAUCUGACCCCAUUUCCGAGGAGAGAUAGGGUCAUUUCUAGACCUCUUCCCAGCUACCUUUUGCGGAAUGACGGCCAUGGACUUGACGAUCUGGAUAUCGCUCUGGUACGCCAUCGUACUAGACGUGUGUCAUCAGCAUCUACAGCGACACUAAGGACUGUGCCCUCUGAUGGUGCCAUCAGAGACGCGAUUGGGGAAGAGAUGCUUCACAAAGCAGGCUUCAUCAAUGACCAACUCCCAGCGGUUCGACCUACUGCCUCGCACAAGAGAGGUCGAGCUGCACCCCCUCUUUGUUCCUCAAAUCUGAAUCCUAUUCCAUCUUUGUCAACACAAAGUGAUUUGGAAGCUAUUGUUUCAUCUCGCUUGUUCGAGACCUUCCUGACCAUUUGCUUGCCACCACGGACGAAAGUGAAGCACAAUGAUCCCCAACCUCAUGCCCCUCAGUCUCAGGACACACCUAAGCGUCCCACUCGAACUACACGUAGCACGAUAUCUAGACCAUCCUCAUCCUCUUCCCAUAGUCCAACAAGGCCUGGGUUCCCUCGGCCGAGCCCCAGCCGAGGUCGCGGAGGAGCUCCCUCGAGCCCCCUACAUUCGUCCUCGUCGUUCCCUUCCUCAUCCAGCUCAGAGCGAGACUAUGACGAAAUUCCAAGCUUCAUUUCAUCCAUUCAUCCAUCGUCGACCAAUCCAUCAUGGACCUCAUUGAUACCAGAGGAUGAAUUUUCUCCCGGCGCGAAUCUCAGCGCAACCAGAUUUGAACUGACUAUUUGGGGCCGUCGGACGUCCGGUCGCAGACCACCGCCGAGUGCAAAAGGGAAAGGAAGGGACGACUACGCCAUGGAAGGGCUUUCCGGGUGGGAUCCUCUCGCCACGUGGCCUGUUGACCUCCAGCGUUUGAAACCUUUUCCCCCGGAUUCGACGACGGAAUAUCUGCCGCCUAACUCUCUAGUGUUUAGCCUGGGCGCUACCGGGAAACUGUACCUUGGAUCGUCAAGCAAUAUCACUCCUGAACGCUCGCCGUCUCCAGAACACCAGAAUGUUUCGGACAGUGAAAUUGAUGCUCUGGGACCAACGGUCAUUGAUCCCCGGAUGCAUCAUAGAUCUAGACACAAUGACGUAGAACCGAAUGCGGGGGUGUCUAGCGUGGGAGGGGUUACGGUGAAGCGUGGGGCGUCUCUCGCGGAUACCUUAAAACUCAUUGACGCAAAUUACUCAGUGGAUGUAGAAUUAAGAUCUUUGUGCAACUUAAUAGAUACAGUGAAUUUUAUGCUUGCUGGGGAUAGCACGAUCACCAAGGCACGGUUCUUCAAUGAAUUGCAUUUCCAACUUGACGAGUACAUGAGUCAAAAGUCAUUGAUUGGCCUGGGAGUGUCGGAAACCCGUUCGACCAUCCAGCGCCGCCGUAAGCAGUUAGACGAACGAAGAACCAAUCUCCGUGCCGCGCAAGCAAUACUUUCUUCAAACAGGGACCUUCUUGCUGAACUAGACUUGCUUGCAUCUCAGCAAGAGGUGCGCUUUUCAUCCCAGGAGGCAACGCUUCAGGCCAAGCGGGAAACUGUCGUGCGGUCGCUGGAGUGUAUCUUCCCCAUAGAGCCAACAUCCCCUUCAACAGAUCUCUUGUUCACUAUAGUAGGCGUACCAUUACCAAUUCCCUCUAACCCAGCGGACCCUGCUCCACCUUUCCAUAUCCCAACACGUCCAGAUGUGAACGAAGACACUACAGCAAGUGCGUUAGGCUACGCCGCACAAGUGGUCAGUCUCCUGGCCUCUUAUUUGGGACAUAUCCUGCCAUAUCCAAUAACAUGUGCUGGGAGUCGCAGUCUGAUCAAAGACCCCAUUUCUAACUUGCAUGGGCCCCGAAUGUUCCCUCUCUUUUCCAAAAGUGUGGACAUGUAUAGAUUUGAGUACGCCGUGUUCCUUCUCAACAAGGACAUUGAAAAGCUCAUGACAGAGCACAACUUGCAAGCCCUGGACAUGCGGCACACGCUGCCAAAUCUCAAAAACCUUCUUUUGGCCCUCACCACUACCACCAACGCUGGGGAAGGCGACUCCACUCUGCAGACAGUAAUGCAGCAAACGGGGCCAUCCCGAAAUUUACGGUCGAUACAAACAACAGCUGGAAGCAUCGACGUCAGCAACCCUGUCCCUGCAUCAACAUCAUAUGGAGCCGAAUCCCCUACACCAAGACGGACAUUCUUUCCCCCGAUCACCCUCCCCGGAUUUUGGCAAACCCGUAAUGCGCGGCCAGUAUCGACGUUUGUCAAGUCCACUCUACCUGCCAUGUCAGAAGACGUGGACAUACCUGCAGACGUGGGGAGCGACAGUGCGACAGUGCGCUCACUGCACCUCUCGAAAGUCCAAACGGGGAGUGCCGUUAAUCAUGGGCAGUCAUCUUCUGGUGAAUUGGAUCAUGUUGACAGACACCCACCAGAGCUUUCUGGAGUACAGUCAACGGACACAGGUCCGGAUGCCUCUGAAGGUGCGACCGUGGAAACUGAAGGGUUUCCUGAGUCAGUGCCUCCGCCUCUUGAUGGCUUGGCAGAUGUUGUGAUUGCAUCCGCUUCAACGCAUGAGCAAGAGUCGACAUUGGAGUCUCUGAAGGAGCAGAGCAGCAAUUGGCUCACAACUGGUCUGAGUGCCAGUGUCGGCGGCUUCGGGAAGCACCUUCGUUCGGGAGGUACCCGAGGGUUAUUUGGUGGCGGGUCACCUGCGAAAAGCAAUCGGAGAGGCCCUGGAAGACCACCGACCGUCCCCAAGUCCGGUCCCAACUCCAAUGGGCAUGGUAAUAGCCAAGCCAAGGAGACUGCUAUCCGCACAGACCUACCACUCAUGGACGCAAACCUACAGUCCAUCCCCACUUCACAAUGAUGUUGUUGAUAUCUUAAUACAUGCACUCUAAUCGAUCAGCCUGACAUAAUUUCAUAACAAUCGAAACGGAACGAAGGAUUUCCCGUCCCCGCACCCUGAUUUUGCACAUUCGAUUAAGUAUCCUCGAUGUGCGAAGAGUCAUUGGACUCACGACUCCGAUAAAUCGGGCAAACUAAAUCCCAUGGUCUCGAUCCAGACUCGAUCUAUUGUUUUUUUUUUUACUAGGAGGAAUAUAUUCUUAUG